ACACCACCACCAUCUUCUCAAAACACAAUUUGCAGCUAUAACACAAGAUGAUGGACAUGGGUAGUAUAUGGCAGAGGUUGAAACCAGACGUACUAAUGGUGUUAGUACAGAUUGCAUUUGCUGUGGUGACUAUAUUAUACAAGCUCGCAAUACAUGAUGGAAUGAGCUUCAGAGUAGCUACGGCAUAUCGCCUCAUUUGUGCAUCUGCUUUCACUAUCCCUAUUGCUCUUUUCUUUGAUAGGAAGAAGAGAGCAAAGAUAACUUGGAGUGUGCUUUCUAAGACAUUUCUAUGUGGAUUGUUUGGGGGAAGUUUGUAUCUAAACCUUUACCUCGAGGCUCUUGCUUUAACGUCAGCAACAUUUAUGUUGGUUGUCUCCAACCUAAUUCCAGUCAUUACCUUCAUCAUGGCUGUGUGCUUCGGAAUGGAUAAAUUCGAUUUGAAGUUCGUGGAAGGAAAAGCUAAGGUGAUAGGAACAAUAAUGGGAAUGAGUGGUGCAAUGUUGAUUAUUUUUUUCAAAGGUACAGAAAUUCAUAUUUGGUCUUCUAAAAUCAACCUUUUGCAUCCAAAUCAAAAUUCAAAUGAACAAAUAGCAUCUCACCAUGCCGACUUUGGUGAGAAAGCGUUGGGUGUUUUGUGUGCACUAGCAAGCAGUUGCUCUUUCUCAUUGUGGUAUAUUAUUCAGGCUAAGUUGAAUAAGGAAUACUCAAGUCAUCCCUCAAGUGCAGCUUUAAUAGCCACAAUGGGAGCCAUUCAAGCAACUAUUAUUGCUCUUUGUGUUGAAAGGGACUGGGAACAAUGGAAGCUACGAAACAACCUCAGGAUUCUUUCCGUUAUUUAUCCAGGAAUAGUGGUCUCAGGAUUAGUUGUUAUCGCUAUGGCCUGGUGCAUAAAGAAGAGAGGCCCUGUAUUUGCAUCUAUUUUCAGUCCUUUACAACUCUUACUUGUAGCUAUAGCUGCUUAUUUCAUGUUAGAUGAGAAAUUAUAUUUGGGAAGCAUGCUUGGAGCAAUUGUGAUUGUGUGCGGUCUCUAUGCGGUACUUUGGGGUCAAAGCAAAGAAAUGAAAAAGAAAAUGAAGAUAAUAGAAAUCACAAGAACUACUGAAAAUGAAGGGCAUGUUGUUAUUUCCACACUUGUUUCCCAUGACAUAGUCGUCCAAAUCAACCAAAGUUCUGCCAUUACUAAAGAGAAUGUUGUUAAUGAUCAAUGA